AUGAGCGAGAAACCGGACGUGUUGGUCUCAGUUGACCUCGGCACCACCUUCACAGGUGUGGCCUGGAUGACACCCAGAACACCAAUCCAAGUCAUCAAUGACUGGCCCGGCAGCGGCGAUCGAGGCGAGCGCAAGGUCCCAACAGUCCUGACGUACAACGCCGACGGCAGCCUCUCAAAAUGGGGCUUCAUGUGUGCCGACGAGGAGGAGAACAAGCUGCGGCGCGAGUUCUUCAAGAUCUUCAUCGAUGAGGAUACCCUGGAGGCGUGGCAGCAGCGCGGACUUCCCAACGCGCCGCGCAACGUUGCCGAGGCGGAAAGAUUGGUGACGGACUUUCUCAAAGAGGUGUACGCCCACGUCAAGGAGUCGAUCGAGACGCAAGUUGGGAGGCAACACACGGGUGGCUGGACGGAUAUGGCUGUGACGUUCCUCUUCAGCGUGCCGACGACGUGGACCAAGAUGGAGACCAUCAACGCGUUCAAGAGAAUCAUCCACGACGCCGGGUUUGGCGCGGAAGGGUCGCGACACUUUGCGCAAGUCGACUUGACGGAGGCAGAGGCUGCUGCGGUGGCGACCCUGAAGACGAGCGCCGUCAACUUUCACAUGGGGAGCUUGUUUCUUACCGUUGACGCUGGCGGCGGCACGACUGAUCUCGCGGUGAUGCAGAUCACAUCAACUGACCCGCAAUAUCCCCAGAUGUCGCAAAUAUCGGAGGUCAAGGGCGUGGGCAUUGGGGCGUCGCUGAUUGAUGUUGCGUUUAUCCAUCUCGUCAACCAGCGGUUGUCUGCGUUUCCGGACGUGCAGCGCUUUCUUCCCCGCGACUUCGCAUUCAGGAUGUCGAGGAGUCACCACUUCAAGACGGUGAAGCACAAGUUCGGGGAAAGGGCUUACAUGCAGCCUGUGUUCAAGAUGCAGCUGGAGGGGGUAUCGCAUGACUUCAACCAUCCCGGGCUGAGAAUCGUGGAUGGGAGGAUGUUGUUUACCAUGCAAGAGAUCCAGGCGCUGUUUGAUGUCCAAAUUGAGGGCAUAAUGCGCUGUAUCAGGGAGCAGCUCGACAGGCUCAUCCAGAAGCAGCAGCCGCAAGCCAUCUUCCAGAGUUACUCGCACCAAAAUGCAGAAAAGGUCGCGGUGAUUCCGUGCCAGGAUCCCCAGCUGGUGGUGGUUCGCGGGCUGCUCCUCGACCACCAGCAGAGGAUGGAAACCGGGCGACUGUCGGUGUUGGCGACGCGGAUUGCAAGGGCGAGCUAUGGCGUGGUCAUCAAAGAGGUGUACUCGCCCCAGAUGCAUUUCAACGAGGACAUCCAGAAUGAUGCGUUCGACCCGAAGAAGAAAUGGGCCGUCAACCAGAUCCGAUGGCUCAUUAGGAAGGGCGACAUUGUCGAUCCAAAUGCGCCACUCGUACAUUCGCUGGCGAUUUCCCUCGGCGCCGGAGACACGCAGAGAUCAUGGGACGCGAACAUUGUGAUUUCUCACAACGAGCCAACCUUUCUCCCGAGAAGCUUGAAGCACGCGGUUGCAACGAAGCUGUGCGACGUCAAGAGCAACUUGACCGGCGUCCAGCAAAACCAGCUCGUUCUCAAACACAAACGUGGAAGCUGCUUCUCCAAGGGAACAACAUAUUACAUCUUGAACUUUGACGUGCGGGUAAUAAUUGCGCCGGCCGAUAUCCGAUUCGAGCUGUGGUUCGGCGGACAGAAGUUCUCAGGGAAUCACGAGCCGAUUGCCGUGACGUGGGAUGAAGACGGAGUAAAGGCUGGCGGAAGCUGA